AUGACGGCAACAUCAACAUCAUCCAACUCUCUCGCUUUUCGCCAAAUCCUCGACACCUUCAACACCUCCCCCCCGCCCUCCAGCCAACACCACCACCUCCCAGACCACCUCUACCUCGAACCCCUCCAGCCCAUUCAUGAGCAGCCCCCCUCCCUGAUCCCCAGACCCCGGCCCAUGGACAGAUCGGACAGAAUGGACCGUACGGACCGUCCCCCUCUGCACCAGCGCGCGAGCAGUAGCGCGGGCCUGGGUGGUGCCGCCGGUGCCUCGGCACACGCCGCCGGCUCCGGCACUCACGCACACAGCCGCACUCCGACCGGGUCAACAUCACGCCCAAAGGUAACGCGCCAGCUGAGCAGUUCCAGCAUGGCGUCAGCGGCGACUGGAGCGCCACUGAAAGCGCGUGUCAACACGUCCUCGAUCGUCUCGCUCGCAGACGUAGCGCAGCCAACACUGCGGCGCAAGACGCCGUCGACGCUGUCCAUGCGAUCUGAGUCAAAUACGCCAGCCCGCUCGCAGUCGCCCCUCCACGUCUCGUCCUCGCGAUCAGCAGUUGGCAGCGUCGUCAGCUCGGGCAAUAUUUCGCCAGACAAACCGACAGUGCGAGUGGCAAAAGUCUCCCCGUCUGCCAACCUUGCGUCCUCAGCUUCGGCGCGACUACAGCGCGCAGCCUCCAUGCGCUCCACUGGAUCUCCGUCAUCCCCGAGUCCGGCUGGUACACCGGGGUCCGGCACGCCCUCUGGACCAAGCACGAGGCGUAAUUCGGCCCAGCCAUCGCGCGCACGGUCCCCGCCUGGCCCUGCAGCGCCGUCGCAGCUCGGAAGCGCCUUUGGAUCCGCUAUAGCGAGCCUCGGAGCUGGCGCGCCGCCGCGGCGUGCGUCCGAUGACCCCCAUGCACGCAUGCGAAGGCCCUCUGUCGGCUCUGUCAGCGCGGCGAUGACGGGCGAUCGACCGAUUCACGUUCGCAACGCGAGCGUCGUAUCUGUUGGCGGAACGGAGAAGAAACCGCCCCUCGAAAGCCGACACAGCGCACCCGCGCCGAAGGUUCCGCCACUAGAGAGCCGACGGAGCGUCCCAACCGUGCCCGUUGCGCCGCCGCUGGAGAGCCGACACAGCGGUCUUGCUGAGGUCACGCCAGACGAGGUUAACGAGACGACGUCGCCAACCCGCUCCCCGCCGCCGCGGCACCACCGACAGUCCUCCCUCCUCAGCCCGAGCACGAUGGUACCGGAGGUCCUGCCGAAUCCCCCGCCCCUGGAACCGACAGAGGAGGAGUAUGCCGAGCCUUCUUCUAACCGUUCCUCGCCCGUACGACCCACGAGGCCAUUGGACCAGACGUCUCCACACUUCCGCCCCGUGUUCGCCAGUGCCUUCCCGCCAGCAUCGUGCCCGACGAGCCCGAUCCCGCGCAACCUUCCCAUCUCGCCGGAGAAGGUUGGCCGCCGGCCAAGCAAGACCUGGAUGCCCGCACCGCCGAACCAUGUCCCGACGCCCGGUAGUCCGAACAUGAAGACGGUCGCACUGCCGACCCUCACACCCACGAUGAGCCCGAACGAGAGUCACCGCGAACUCCAUCCCAGCUUCAGGCUCGAGGAGAACCUGCAUCAGAUGUCGCUGCUGCACAGUCAUGAGGCGGCGCACGCUGGCGACCCCGUCAGCCUGCUGAGCGGACCGCCGCUCCAGUCUCCCCCGGAGAUCACCAGCGCGCUGCACCCCGGCAGUCCCUUGACUUCUCCGCCUGUGACCUCGAGCGCCUCGCCAGGCGGGUCAGAGGACGACAUCGAGAAAGCAAAGGUGAACCGCAAGAUUGCCGACUUAGAGAUCUCCAACUCGUCCCUGCUCUCCAUCAACAAGACACUCGAGAAGACGAAGGCCUUACAGCGCGCCGAGAUCGUGAAGCUUCGCCGAAGGUUGAGGGAGCAGGAACUCCCGCCCCUCCGUGAUCCGGAGGGCGGCAGCGGCCUCGGUCUCACGCACCAGGAUUCGGACGACGACGACGAUCUCGGCAACCUCACCGAUCCCGAGCUCGAGAGCCGAUGGGACCGCCUCAUUGACAUGGUCACUGUCAUGCGGCGCGCGGGUGAGGAGGCCAUCAUGGCGAAGAAGUCUGGACGCGCGGUUUUGCCCUGGCUCGAUCUCGACGGGGAGAAGACGGAGAGCGUGGCUGGCUCUACCGCCGAGACGAUCGUCACGGAGCAGACGGAGAGCGUGACGGAGGUCGGCACCGAUGCUGGCACCGACAACGGCACCGAGACGGGCACAGAGGCCGGCACGGACAGGAGCUAA